AUGGAAGACAACAAAAACAAAUUAACAAUUCUAGGCCAUGUAGUCGAAGUCCAGAACAGGGUAGGCAAGAUUGGUGAGGCUGUGGAUUUGGCCCAAGACUACAUCAAAGAUGCGAUCAAGGAUGUGCCAUAUGCGCCAGCAGUGAUGGCAGGGAUCUCACUCAUCCUCCCACUCCUGAAGAACCCGGCCGCUAUCGACGCUGCUAACAGGGAGGGGCUUACAUAUGUCACAUCGCAGAUGCACUACUACAUUGAGAUGGAAUCACUCCUCUUACCCAGCGACUUGGAGCCUGGCUUAAAGGCUGAUUUGAUGAAGCGUGUUUUGGACCUAUACAAGCUCAUCAUUAACUUCCAGGUGCAGAGCGUCAUACGGUUCUAUCGCAACCAGACCAAAAAUUAUUUCAGGAGCGUCAUUAACUACGACAACUGGAGUGAUCAAUUGAAACUCCUGAAGGAGGAAGAGACAAGACUGGCGGAGAAGUUUGAAAGAGCUUUAUCCGCUACAGGUGUUCAGCAACUGAAGAAGCUGGCCAAGGACCGGCGGUGCCGAGACGCUCUCCAAGCCACUGAUCCUAGCCUUAACAAAGCCCGAAUCGAAGACGACAAGGGUGGUCUUCUCAGAGACUCAUACUGCUGGGUGUUGGACCAUGUUGGUUUUCAGAGAUGGAGGGACAGGAGAGGCAGCCAGCUUCUCUGGAUCAAGGGUGAUCCUAGCAAGGGAAAGACAAUUCACCUCAAUAAUGCUACAGCAGUCUUGCGGGGACUCAUAUAUAUGCUCGUGCAACAACAACCUGCAUUCAUCAGACACAUCAGCGACGUCUCCUUUGAGGGAGAGAAUGCUUGGUUCACAUUACUUCGAAAGUCAACAGCUUAUUCACACGUUCAAUGGGUUGUGUCUAGCCGCAGUUGGCCGAACAUUAAGAAUGGCCUCAAUGGUACGAAUCAAAUAGAAUUAAAUCUUGAGUUAAACAAGGACACUAUGUCGGCUGCUAUCAACUCAUUUAUUCAGCAUAAGUUAAAUGAGCUAGCAGAUAAGAACAAGUACAGCCCUGAAGUACGGCAUGCCGUCCAACACCAUUUGGAGUCAAAGGCAAAUGGCACUUUCCUCUGGGUAGCUCUGGCUUGCAGGGGACUCACUACCGUCCCAAAGAGACAUGUUCUAAAGAAGUUAAAAGAGUUCCCUGCUGGCCUUGAUAAGCUUUAUAAACGCAUGUGGGAACAAAUGAGCGAGUCUGAUGAUGCCCAACUCUGCAGGUCUCUUCUCAGUAUCAUGACAACCAGCUACCGUCCUAUCACAUUGGAUGAAUUAACAUCUUGUAUCGACUUACCCAAGGAUUUCCCAGACGACCAGGAAUCUCUGUCAGAAGUUAUAGGCCUUUGUGCUUCUUUCCUGACACUCCGAGGACUCAAGAAGCCAGACCAGGAUCCGCUAGCUGCUACACAGUACGCGUGUGUCUACUGGGUUGAUCACCUAAGCGAGUGCUCUCCUAGCAAGAACACAAACAAAGACCUGCAGGAGAGCGGCUCAAUCGGUAAUUUCUUGCAGCAAGACUAUCUUCACUGGCUUGAAGCUCUUAGCCUGUCAAAAAGCUUAUCAAACGGAGUAACUUCAAUACUGAGGCUUGAGCGUUUGCUAAAGGUACUGGAGGGCCAUAGCAAUGAGGUCAUGUCUGCUACCUUCUCCCAUGAUUCCAAGCUGCUCGCCUCAGCCUCAAAAGAUAACACUAUCAAGGUGUGGGAUGCCAGCAACAGCCAGUGCAUCCAAACCCUUAAGGGCCACAGUGAUUUAAUUUACUCAGUUAUCUUCUCCCAUGAUUCCAAGCUCCUCGCCUCAGCCUCAAAAGAUAACACUAUCAAGACUGUCAAGGUAUGGGAUGCCAGCAAUGGCCAGUGCAUUCAAACCCUCCAGGGGCACAGUGGCUCAGUUUACUCAGUCACAAUCUCCUAUAGUUCCAUGUUCCUUGCCUCAGCAUCAUUCAACAAGACCAUGAGGGUGUGGGAUGUCAGCAACGGCCAAUGUAUCCAGACACUAAAGGGCCAUAGUAGCUCAGUCUACUCAGUCACCUUCUCUGAUAACUCGAAGCUCCUCGCCUCAGCAUCAUUCGAUGAGACUCUGUGGGAUGCAAGUAAUAGCAAAUGCCUACAGACACUCAAAGACCAUAGCGGCUGGAGCUACGCAAUCUUCUCACCUGACUCAAAACUCCUUGCCACAGUCUCAUACGAUGACACCACUAGUGUGUGGGAUAUACUUAAGGGCCAUACUGGUCCAAUCAACUCCAUCACCUUUUCCCAUGAUUCAAAACUCCUCGCCUCAGCCUCAUAUGAUGAGACCAUCAAGGUGUGGGAUAUAAGCAAUGGCAGAUGCCUCCAAACCUUUAAUGGUCACAGUAUGUAUGUUAGCUCAGUUACUUUCUCCCAUGAUUCAAAGCUCCUUGCCUCAGCCUCAUAUGAUGAGACCAUCAAGGUGUGGGAUAUAAGCAAUGGCAGAUGCCUCCAAACCUUUAAUGGUCACAGUAUGUAUGUUAGCUCAGUUACUUUCUCCCAUGAUUCAAAGCUCCUUGCCUCAGCCUCAGGUGAUGAGACUGUUAAGGUCUGGGAUGCCAGCAACAGCCAGUGCCGGACGCUCAAGGGCCAUAGUGGCUGGGUCUAUGCAGUCACCUUCUCCCAUAAUUCAAAACUCCUUGCCUCAGCCUCAGAUGAUGAGACUAUUAAAUGCCUCCAAACACUUAAGGGCCAUAGCAGCUCAGUCCGCUCAGUCAUCUUCUCUAAUGACUCGAAGCUCCUCGCCUCAGGCUCAUACGAUAAAACUAUCAAAGUGUGGGAGGUCAGUAGCGGACAAUGCCUAAAGACCCUUAAGGUUGACAGAAUCGCCUAUCUGAAGUCAUUCAACAUGCCUAACUCUUACCUUGAGACUGAUAAUGGUACCAUUUAUUUUUUGAAUUUGGACGCAGGACCGACAGAAACCGAUCCAGAAGUGGUGCGCUCUCAACGAUAUGGCGUGGUCGAUCACACAUGGAUCACUUGGAACUCGAAGAAUCUGCUAUGGUUACCACCAGAGUACCGGCCACGUACUUUCGCUGUGUCUCAGUCGACAGUGAGGACUUUAUUACUUUUCAUUACCCCUCUAGAUAACGGCUCAUGA